AUGGAGGAUGAACUUGAAGAAAAUGAAGUUCUUUAUAGUUGUGAAGUGCCUAGUGAAGUGCCUUGUGGGAUUGUUAGGCUGUGUUUGGCUAAUCUUCAAGAGGUUAUUUUGGGAACUAAGCUCUCAGUUCUCUUCCCUGCCAUUCCACUGGCUGUUGUUGCAGAGUGUUAUGGGUUUGGAAGAGUGAGUUUUUCUUGUUUGGCAUUAUUAGGGUUUUGCUUAAAACAAGCAUAUGUGAAUUCCCUGCUGUUGUUGCUGGCUCUUCUGUGCCACAUGCUGCCCUUGAUGUUCCGAUGCGCCAGGAAAUUGGAAGCCGAGACUGCAAAACCAACAAUUGAGUUGUCAAGAGUGAGCAGCAUUGUAAUGCUUGUUGUCUACUUUGCUUACCUUGUGUUCCAGUUGUGGACUCACCGGCAAAUGUUCGAAGCCAAGGAGGAAGGAGAACAAGAUGAUGAUGUGACCGCAGAAGAAGCUCCGGUGAUCAGGUUUGCUUGGCUAGUCGGCAUGACUGCUGUCAAAGCUUUAUUGCUUGAGAACGUCGUGGGCACAAUUGAGGAUGCAUCAGCAUCUUGGGGAAUCUCUGUCAGCUUCAUCAGCAUAAUCUUGUUGCCAAUUGUUGGAAAUGCAGCCGGACACGCUGGAGCAAUCAUAUUUUCCUUUAAAAACAAAUUGGAUAUAGCUUUGGGGGUUGCUUUAGGAUCUGCAACACAAAUUGCAGUGCUUGUGGUUCCAUUAAGUGUGAUUGUUGCUUGGAUAAUUGGGAUCAAGAUGGAUCUUGAUUUCAAUCUUAUUGAAACCGGCUCUCUUGCUCUUGCGAUUAUAAUCACAGCCUUCACUUUACAAGAUGGAACUUCUCACUACAUGAAAGGAUUGGUUCGUUUGCUGUCCUACAUUGUUAUUGCAGCAUGUUUUUUUGUUUGUCAAACACCUCUGAACCAAGCAAAUCUCAUCAACUUGGGAGUUCAAAAGUCAUCAACUUGCGGAAUCUUCAGAGUGAUAGCUAGGUAAGUUAACUCAAAGGGAGCAGUGCUCCGGCGUGGGAGUUCCGGCCAUAGAGUCCGAGUAGCAGCACAGCAGAACGUGGCAGUUCCGGCCAUAGGCGAAGUUUCAGUGUUCCGGCCAUAGAGUGAGUGAAGCCCGAUGGAGAUGUCAGGCGUGGGAGAAGGCUGGUGGAAGGAGUUCUUUAGGCGUGGGAGAAGGCUGGUCAGGAGCAGGACAGCUAUGAGUGCUCUAUACUAGUAGGAGUGCAAGGGGUUGGACAAGGGGUUUGCCGGGUUUGUGCGGCGGUGGAGGCUUUACACCGUGUGGUAGAUUAUACUAGUAGGAGUGUUAAUGGGAAGGUUACGGAUCAUUUGGCCAGCAAGGAGUUUUUCCGGCCAUGUUGGCUAUGGAGUUUUCCGGCCAUGGAACGUCCUCGGUCGGAUCAGCAGGCGUGCAGCAGGCGUGGGUCUUGGGUCUUGGCGUGCAGCGUGCAGCAGGCGUGGGUUGUUGGAAAGAGUUUGUUUGGGUGGCGUGGGCAUUGGGAGUGAAAAGUUUUAGUUUAAAAAUAUGUAAAGCAGGUGGGCGUUGGGAGUGAAGCAGCUUGGUUUUGGUAUUGGUUUUUGGCUUUGGGCCGUGUGGAUUGAUUUCAUGGGCAUUUAUGUAUUUUAUUUUUUAGUUAAAUUUUCUUAAUUUUUUUUUUGUUUAAAAAAAUUCGUGAGAUUAAGGGAUUGGUUGUAUGGACGCGAGUAGUAGUAAUAAGGUAAUUUGUACUUUCUGAAUAUCUCUCAAUUUAUGUCAUCUUUUUAUAUCUUUAA